AUGAAGAUUCUAUUACAACUAAAUCGAUUAUCUAAUACACUAAUAAAAAACUAUAGCACCGCACCAAAAUCUCUGUCGGUUUUACGUGUUGGUGAAAAAGAUUAUCCUACAGAUGACUACACAAACGUGACACCAAAAAUAAUAUCAUAUUUAAAUCGCAACUUACAUUUAAAAAAAGACAAUCCACUUUCGUUAGUCAGACAACGAAUAGUGAAUUAUUUUUACAAAUCCUUUACAAAUAGAGGGAAUCCGUCAUUCAGUGUGUAUGAUAAUUUACCUCCUGUGGUCACUACAAAGCAAAACUUUGAUGAUUUAUUAAUCCCCGAAGACCAUCCGAGUAGAACAAAAUCUGAUUGCUAUUAUGUGAACAGAUCCGUAUUGCUCCGAGCUCAUAUGACGGCUCAUCAAACUGAAUUGCUCAGAUCAGGUCUCGACAACUUCCUGAUGAUCGGAGAUGUGUAUAGAAGAGAUGAAAUAGAUUCAACUCAUUUUCCUGUUUUUCACCAAGUUGAUGCUGUGAGAUCUCAACUCAGAGAGCAACUUUUUGAGAAUCAUCCCGACCUGAACAUAUUUGAACCAAUAUAUGAUCCAAAUAAUCCAAAUGCUUUCACCAACUCCAUAUCAGACCCAGCCAAACAAAGCUGUCAUACCUUGGAGGCUUCAAAGAUGAUGGAAACACAACUAAAGAAUCAUUUAAUUGGUCUAGUAAAAGUAUUAUUUGGUGAAAGUAUACAAUAUAGGUGGGUUGAGGCGUACUUCCCAUUUACUCAUCCAUCAUGGGAAUUAGAAAUAUAUUACGAGAAUAAUUGGAUGGAAGUUUUGGGCUGUGGUAUUGUAAGGAAUGAAAUUAUGGUCAAUGCUGGAUCAAAUAAUAGCAUAGCUUAUGCUUUCGGACUCGGUUUGGAAAGACUGGCUAUGGCGUUAUACAAAAUUCCAGAUAUAAGACUCAUGUGGAGCACCGAUUCUGGGUUUCUGAGUCAAUUCCAGAAUAAGGAUGUUGAUGCAAAGAUAACAUACAAGCCAGUCUCUGUUUACCCUCAGUGUAAAAAUGAUCUGUCGUUCUGGUUGCCACCAACAUUGACUGUGGAAACAUUUAUGAAUAAUGAUUUUUAUGAUCUAGUCAGAGAUAUAGGAGGUGAUGUUAUAGAACAGGUUACAUUAAAGGACAAAUUUGUUCAUCCUAAAACAAAGAAACACAGUUUAUGUUACAGCAUCGUGUACAGACAUUUAGAACGCACAUUGACACAAGCAGAAGUUAAUAAAAUACACAAAGAAAUAGAAAUAGCUGCUACGAAUGCAUUUAAUGUUGUUAUUAGAUAA